AUGAGAAGACUCGUCAUUGCCUCCAUUUUUGGUUUCCUCGCGUUCUCCUUGAUGAUGGUGAGCAGUAUUGAAGCCGCUUGCGCUUACACCACAACCACCGGAAAGGUCAUUGAUGUUACCAGUGUGGAUAAACAAGGUGGUUAUUCUGUAUCAACUGGAGGAGAUUGGGAUUAUUAUUUCAAUGUUUGUGAACUCCCAGUUACAUCCCCUUCUUCAAAAUGUUCCUUCUCCCAAACUCCACAAGCAUACCAAUACUCCUCAAAGUGGAACGAUUGCUAUCCAAUUGGUAACAAGGGAAAUCCAAAGGUUGCUCCUCUCUCUCCAACUGAUGAAACAAAAGGUGUUAAAAUCACACAUGAUGCCUUUACUUAUCAAAAUGCACGAAGAGAACUCGUUAUCAAUUUGAAGUGUGACCAAAAUGCUGCCACCACUACUUUCACAUUCGACGGUGAAACUACAGGUGCCGUUAGUACUUACACUUUCACUGGAAGCUCCAAGUAUGCUUGUAUUGGAGCUGGACCAGGUCCAAACCCAGAUAAUCCAAGCGAUGAACCAAUUAUGGGACAAUAUGGCAUUGGUGGAUUGUUGUUGACAUUGUUGCUUGUUGGAUUCAUUCUUUACUUUAUUAUUGGAGCUCUUGUUUUGAAGUUUGCCAUGAAGAAGAGUGGAACUGAAAUUAUUCCUCAAUUUGCAUUCUGGAAAGAUUUACCAUUCCUUUUGAUUGACGGAAUUAUGUUGCCAGUUGAUCUCAUUAAGGGAUGCAUGGGUAAGAACAAGUACCAAGAAAUGGCAUAA